AUGAAUCGUUCGUUGUUCGUAGUCUUCGCGCUCGCCGCCCUCACCGUCAUCAUCACCGCCGAUGACCCACCGCGACCUCGGCUCAUAGACUUUAACCCUUGGGCAUGGCUACCCUCAAAUCGAAACAGAUCACCCUCAAUUAUGGAUUAUUUCUUCCCCCCAUCCCGAACACCUAAACAGUCAAACCUUGACCCUCCCGCUGACCGUACACCCCCUGAGACUACAUCUCACACGAUCGAAAAUACUCCAGCACCGACCACACUCGAAGAUCGCUCUACCACUUACGCGAAAAAAAUAUCCACUAAAACAAAAUCAACCGCACCCGUGACAAACCCGACCGCUACCACGGCGCCCAAAACGAAAAAAUCCACCCGUAAGCCUAUCACGGUUACAACGACCGAGAUAAGAACUACGCAAACUAAAACCGAGGCUCCCGCGUCGACUACGAAAGAUGCGACCGUGACUACGUACAAGGCGCCGACCAAACAUUACACGAUCCGUCCGGUUGUGCGAACUACGGAAACCCCUACGGUUCAAGAUACGGAAACUACGCUGAAUAGUGACAGUACGGAGACUGUGUCUGAUUUUGAAACUGCUGGAACAACGGUCGACGGGCCGAAAGACACAGCUCCGACGCUGAGCACGGCUGAAGAGUCCCGGUCUACGGACGCUGGUACCGCGAGUACAGCUACCGUGGAGUCCACCACACCGACCGACAGCACGGAGCCAGCCGACAGCCGCGAGGGAUACCUUCCACUCCGUGACAAACCUCAACAGACCCACGUUAAGAUCAACGAGCAGACCAAGAAAGAGAAACCCGAUGAAGUGCAUUACGAUUGUAAAAAAGAGAACAAGAACACAUUGUGUUACGCCCUGUGA